AUGGAUAGAGAAGCCGGUCACAAGAAUACAAUUUUGGAUGAAUGGGCUGACUCUAUGUCAACGAUGCUGGGUUGUGUGGAUAACGAAGACGUGGAAACAUGUAGCCUUUACCUUGUUUCAAACCAACUUCGAAAAUCGAAAAUGGAAGCUUACAUGCCGCAUGUGGUCUCCAUAGGACCCCUUCACCAGGGAAAAAUAAUGGAGCUUCAACACAUGGAAAAGAUCAAAUGGCGCUGCUUGACGCAUCUCCUUUCUCGAUCCGAAAGAGAUCCACAGGAAGCUUUGAGAAAUUGCGGCAGAUAUCUGUUGAAAUUAGAUGAAGUUGUUCGUGCAAGCUACAGUGUUGAUGACCUUGGGUUCAACAGAAGCAAACUCGCAAAAAUUAUGGGAUUGGACGGCUGCUUUCUACUAGAGCUUCUCAUUAGUUCAUCAACCGAACUAGACAACCGAAUACAGAGUAACCUAUCCAAUCCUAGUCCUGGAGCCAGUGUUAUACUAUGGGAAAAGGUGUUAUCCGAUUUAACCAUCCUUGAAAACCAAAUCCCCCUUAUUGUUCUCUACGCGUUGUCCCAUAUACUUUUUCCCAAAGUUUUUACAGGCAAAGAUGGUAAGAGAUUGAUACAAGAGCAUGCGCUUUCUAUCUUGGGCUACAAUUACGGUACCCUGGGUUCCACCUCCCACGAGUUAAAGGUUUUUCAUUUCCUUGAACUUGUUCACGCUUCCAUAGUUAAGGAAAAGGAGAAGGAUAGAGUGAAGGAGGAUUUGACGAUCCCUAUAGUUGGAGAAGAUAAGAGGGUCACUAACAGAAAAGUGAAACUAGAUCGCUGUGCUACAAGGCUCCAAGCAGCUGGAGUUAAAAUUGAAGGUACGAUUAACGAACAGCGCAGGAAUUCAAGUGUAGCAGCCAUGAACAGGUUUGACUUGAGGGUAAAAUUCAGCGAUGGGAAGCUAGAAAUUCCGCAGCUACGAAUUACUGAAACCACGGAAGCAAAAUGGCGGAAUUUCAUUGCUUGGGAGGUGAACAAAAAUAAGGUGGAAAAACAGAACGGGGAAAGAGCUAUUUCUGAUGUCACGAAUGAAUCCGGAAUAAGGUUUCACUUUCUUUGUUAUGCUUGGUUCUUCAAGAGUUUGAUUUGUUCCGUUCACGAUGUUAGAGUGCUCCUGGACAGCGAAGUAAUAUGGGUAGCGCCGGACAAGGAGGGCAAAAGAGUGAAGAGCGACGAAGAUCUGGUGGAUCUGUUCCGUAAGAUGACAGAGGGAAUUUCUGAAUCGGAUCUGGAGGAAACUGACACAGAUCCUUGGAUUAGUAAGGUGAUUAUGAAUUUGAAUUCAUACCCAAGCACACUUUCUGCCACAGGAACAUGUAGAAUCACGUGGCACAUUUUCAGGGGGAAUCUAGCUUCAUUUUGUUACAAUUGGACGCACUCGUUUCGGGUGCUGAGACGAGAUUAUAUCCCUACGAGGUGGAAACUAAUUGCAGUGCUUGCUGCUGCGGCGGGGCUAAUUCUCACCGCCCUCCAGACUGCUUUUUCAGCGCCCCGCCGUAAGUAA